UAGAGAACCUCUUUGCCAAGUGAGAGGCUUUGGCGACAUAUGUCACUUCAGUGAGUCUCCUGUCGCUCCUUUAGCUGCUUGAGUGGAGGGGCGGGCAGGGAGGCGUGCACCAGGAACGUGAGGUGGAGCAGGAAGGACAUGUCAGAGAUGUUAGUUCAGAGAGAGUUGUUGGAAUGAUCCCCUGAUGGUCCUGUCCCAAACUUUUUAUAUGGACUUGUAGUGCAGCGGCCCUGGUCCUCCACUAGAGGUGGACUUAAGAUGUAGAAUGACUCAAAAACCAGUCCUCUGUGCCUUAGGAACUCCGAGUGACGCCAGCUGAUCUGCAUCAACACGUUCUCCUGAUCUCUACUGUCUCCCUAAACCAGCGGAGCGUGAUGAGGUUGGCGGGGAGCCUGCAGCUUGUUCUGUUUUUGGCCUUGACCUCCAGGGCUGCAGGCCUCGAUAUCCCUCUGGAAGUGGAGCAGGUUCCAACCAUAACAACUCACACAUUGAGUCCCGUUAUUGGCCUUCCUUUCGACAACACUGUUACUCUCAGGUGUGAAGCCAAAGGCAACCCACCACCAGUAUACAGAUGGACAAAAGAUGGCCAAGACUUUAUCGCUCCCCAUCUCUCAAAAUCCAAAGCCAACCCCAGUGAUGGCACUUUUGUGCUCUACAACAAGCAACUGGUCCAGUUCAAGGGCAAAUACCGGUGCUAUGCUUCCAACAAGUUGGGAACUGCCAUGACAGAGGAGAUCGAAGUGAUAGUUCCUAAUAUCCCUAAGUUUCCAAAGGAGACGAUUGAUCCUAUUGUUGUUGAAGAGGGACAGCCAAUUGUCCUGAAGUGUAACCCUCCAGAAGGCAUGCCCCCACGUCAGAUCUUCUGGAUGUCUAUUGAUCUCCAGCACAUUGAGCAGGAUGAGAGGGUUUCCGUGGGCAUUGAUGGCAACCUGUACUUCUCUAAUGCCUUACAGAAAGACAGUCGUCCGGACUACUGUUGCAAUGCUGCCUUCUCCAGGAUACGCACCAUCGUCCAGAAGACCCCCAUGGCUGUCAUGGUCAAGAGCUUGAAACCUGACAAUCAAUCUGCUGGUAGCGGCAAUGCCACUGAAGCCCCCCCAAUGAGAAUACCCAGCCUGCUGCUGCCCUCUGGUGUUCAGACGGAGAAAGUGCUGCUCAAGGGAGAGGAGCUGCAGCUCGAGUGUAUACCAGAGGGAUUUCCAACUCCAAAGAUAGAAUGGAGGAAAAUGGGAGACAAGCUGUCUACUCGGACAACAUUUAACAACUUUGGAAAGCUGUUGACCAUAUCUGCUAUAGAAGAGAGCGAUGAAGGGAAAUACAUGUGUAAAGCCAAAAAUCCCGCUGGAGAGGCUGUUCACUACUUUGAUGUAAUAGUGGAAGAGCCUCCAAAGUGGCUGACAGAGCCUCCUCAGAGCCAGCUGACUGUGAUUGGGACUGAUGUUCACAUCAAGUGCUCGGUCAGUGGAAAACCACUGCCAGACAUAACGUGGAGGAGGAAUGGAGAAAUUUUCGAAGAUGACCCUCUGAACAACAGACGGGUGCUUGAUGACACUGUGGUGCUCCACAACGCCAUGCCAGGGGACAGUGGCGUCUACCAGUGUGAAGCCUCCAACAGGCAUGGCAGUAUUCUGGCCAACGUUAACAUCAUGGUCAUGAAUAUGGCUCCUCUGAUACUGACAAAGGACCAUCAAGAGUACGCUGUGGUACAAGGAAAGGACAUUGUCAUGAACUGCAGUGUUUUCAGUAGUCCACCACCCACCAUCUUUUGGGCCAGAGAUGAGACUCCAGAAACCAUCACGGGGGAACGUUUUUUUACCCUCCAGAGCGGAUCAUUGCAAAUCACCAGUGCAGAAAAAAACGACAGUGGGAAAUACGUGUGUGAUGCCAUUAACAAGGAGGGCGAGUCAGCUAUCACUGCUGUGCUGGAUGUAAAAGACCCCACAAAAAUAAUAGAGCCACCUCAGGAUGUUCAGAUCAUCAGUGGGACCACAGCCCAGUUGAUGUGCCAGGCAGAGUAUGAUAAAAGCCUGCAGGGCACCUUUGAGUUGCUCUGGAGGAAGGAUGGGGAGGAGAUCCCACUUUCCUUUGAAAAUUCCAGGUACUUUGUGGAUGAUGGGAUGCUGCAGAUCAUGAAUGUGAACUUGAGUGAUGAGGGAAUCUACACAUGCAUUGCCAGAACCAAUCUAGAUGAGGACAAUGCCACUGCGUUGCUCACAGUACUGGAUGUUCCUGAUGCUCCAACAAACAUAGAGGUGUCUGAACUAAAGAGUGAGAGGAAUGUUUCCCUGUCUUGGAUACCUGGGAGAGAUCACAACAGCUCUGUAACAGAGUUUAUAGUGGAGUAUGAGGAGAGCCAAUGGGAUCCAGGCAGGUGGAAAGAGCUACAGAAAGUCCCUGGUAACCAGGCAACAGCCGAGCUGGCACUAUAUGGACACCUUAACUACCAGUUUAGAGUGUAUGCUGUUAACGCCAUUGGACCCGGACCCCCCAGUGAGCCUACUGAGAGACACAAAACACCCCCUGCUGCUCCUGAUAGGAACCCAGAAAACAUUAAAAUUCAAGGUCAUCUUCCUCAUCAAAUGGACAUUAGCUGGGAGCCGCUGUUGCCUAUCGAACACAACGGCCCAGGCCUCGAGUACAGGGUAAGCUACAGGAAACUGGGGGUGGAAGAUGUCUGGAGGGAGCAUCUGGUCAAGAGACACUCCUUUGUCGUGAGGAACACGUCCACUUUUGUCCCGUACGAGAUCAAAAUUCAGAGCAGGAACAGCCACGGCUGGGGACCAGAGCCUAAAAUUGUUACAGGUUACUCUGGAGAAGAUGUCCCUUCUGCAGCACCACGGGAUGUAGCGGUGGAGGUGAUCAACACCACUGUUCUGAGAGUGAGCUGGACCCCGGUUCCAACUGCCACACUGAGAGGUCAUCUAAGGGGAUAUGAUGUUCACUGGUUGAGGAAGUGGAGUCUGCGGAAUCCUAACAAGGCUUUAGAUGAGCGCCACUCCCUUUCCUUCCCUGGGAAGAGGAGUCAUGCCAUUGUGCCUGGCCUCCAACCUUUUUCCGAGUACAGACUCACUGUCAACGUUUUCAACAAGAAGGGCAACGGGCCCAACAGUGACCCGGUCACGUUCAGCACACCAGAGGGAGUUCCUGAGCAAGUGCCCAUCCUGACUACAUCCAACGCCCAGAAAGACUCAAUUUUGCUGGUAUGGGGCCCGCCGCUGGAAUCAAAUGGCAUCCUCACUGGUUAUCUUCUGCAGUACCACCUCAUUAAUGAGACCACACUGGAGGUGGUUGACUCCCAGGAGAUGAACAUCACUGGGGCUGACACCACCCAGUGGCAGCUUCAGGGCUUAGAGGAGGGCAGCUUCUACCGCUUCCACCUCAGUGCCUGCACUCGAGUAGGUUGUGGACCUCCGCAGGCCCAGGAGAGCAGCACCAUAACUCAACCACUUCCAGCCCUGUUGAACAUAAGCUCUUAUGUGAGUGACACCUUUGCCAAAAUCAGCUGGACUGCCAGAGAGGAGCAGCAGGAUUCGCAGCUUUAUGUGGCUUAUAUGAAUAACCGUGAUGGUAACUGGCGGAUUUCAGAGGCUGUAAACACUUCUCAAAGUUUCCACAUAAUUGAUGGGCUCAAACCUGGGACGGUGUACACGGUGCGCCUCAUGGCCAAGAGGCUGCUCGAUAACGCUAGCAUUUUCGAAGACGUUAUCCAGACACGAGUCAAAGUUAUGGCAGGUCAGCAAAGCAACUUCUCCACCCAGGGCUGGUUCAUUGGGACCAUGUGUGCUGUGGCGCUCCUCACCCUUGUUGUGCUCAUGGCCUGCUUUGUGCAGAGAAACAAAGGUGGCAAGUAUGCAGGUACGCCGCCGCCCCAGCGACAAGACAUGUUCUCCAUGGAUAAAGUGAAAGAGAAGGAAGACCUCCACCCUGACAUGGAGUCACAGGGAAUGAAUGAUGACACCUUCUGUGAAUACAGUGACAGUGAUGAGAAGCCAUUGAAGGGCAGUAGCUUGUGUACCCUGAAUGGCGAUGAUGUGGUCGGGGACAGCGUCAGCAGAGACAGCCUGGUCGACUACGCCGACGGUGGAGGAGAAUUCAAUGAGGACGGUUCAUUUAUCGGAGAAUAUUCGGGACGUAAGCACGGAGGGUCUGUUAGCGAGCCCAGUGGACCCAGCCCAGUCACUGCAUAAAGCCAAGCUCCAGUUGAAACAGUCUACUUCAAACCCUUUCAAGAUACUUUUUAUACUCAGCUUUCCUGGCAUUAAAUAUAACUUGAAUAGCCAAAUUUGGGGCAAUAAAAAUGACUCAAAAGUUUUUACUGCAGGAAGAAGUUUUGCCCAGGGACUGAAAAUUAAGAAUACACCCACCAUAAACAUCAGUGUGAAAAGAUUUUGUACAUACUGUAAGAGAAUGAAAUGUAUCAUUUGAGUGUUUCAUGAUUUUAUUAAUAAUAAUAAAGUGUUUUUUGUACCUGUCAA